UACACCACCAACGGCCGCAUGAAAGAUGGAACCGAGUAUUGAGGCUACAACUUGCAAUCAGCAAAACACAAGGCCAUCUGCAAGCAAGCGCCCCUGGGAAAGCGACUUUGAGGAAGACCAAGACGAAGAUAAUAAGCCAGCGUCCAAUGGGGGCCUUGGAACCGAUGAUACUCUCCACGUCACCAAGGUGUUGGAAGAGCACGGCAUCCACUGCUGCCUGGUUGGCAUAUCCGCCCUCAUCUUCUACGGCGCGGGCAGAGUGCGACCGGACUGGGAAAUUUGUGUCCCAACAGAGCUUGUCGAUAAAGCAGCAGACUUGCUACAAUCCGACCCUUACGUGCAAGAUUACCAGCUAGUUGAGUCGUGGCCUGGUUAUGACCCGUCGCUGGUUAAUACCUACAACCGAUUCAAGGGCAAGGGGAUCGACUACUACUUUAUCCUCGUCCCUUCGAGGGAUGUACACAUGGUCUGCGAACCCUCCAACUUCACGCGCAGCCUCAGGAGCCUGCCGUAUCCCAAACUCGACGUCUUCAUUCAGAGCUGUCUGGAUAUGCGCAACGAGCUCCAGCUUUGCGACGUUGUAGAUGGCACCGACGUGUCCGAGCAAUGGGGAGAGGACCAUCUUGACCUCGAGGGGACCAAUGAUGUUGAAUGGGCUCAAGACCUGAACAAGAGGGGGAGAGAGUUUGCCGGUGGCAAGUUCGCCCACUGGGCUCCAUUUGUGCCGGAUGCACCGAAGAGCAAGCGGGAGAUGUGGCAGUCCAAGGUGCACACAAAGGGGGACAGGCUUGACUGGACGAAGCCCAAGGAUGUCUUCGUAACGCAGUACCGUAUCAUAGAUACCCCUGAUUCAUGGACAGAGCUGUCGGAUAUGUAUUAAGGUCGGGCAGGGGCUAUCCAUGUUGGGGGAACAAAGGUAUUCAUUCAUUCCAGAUCCGCAAUUUCAAGAAUUAAAACUAAUCAACUAACUAAUUAAUUACUGGC